AUGUUCGCGCUGGACUGCCAGGGCGUCGACCUGCGCGCCGCGGCGGGCCGGCUCGCGCUCGUGCAGCUCGCCUUCCGCAACGAGACGGGCAUCCACUGUUUCCUUUUUGACUACGUUCAGCUCGGGGAGACGGUCAAAGCCCUGAACCCAUUUCUGUCGAACAGCUGCUACAAAAUCGUCCACGACACGCAGACUUACGCGACAAUGUUUGCGCACAAGUAUGGGGUGAAGCUCCAGGGCGUCAUCGAUGCCCAGUGGGGCUACGAGACCCUCACCAACAAGUCUCUGUACUGCCAGACCGACAUCCUUGAGUGGUGUGCAGUCGCACCUCCAGGCUGGCACGACGAGUGCACAAAGAUGGAGCAGAACGAGAUGUGGUGGCUGAACAGACCGCUGGCGCAGACGGCCAUGAAGUUUGCCGUGCAGGGCGUCUGCAGCCUGUACGCCACCAGCCCCCCGCCCCAGCUGGCCUUCGCCUCCACCCAGCAAGCGCAGCUCAGGAUGGCCCUCGGCAGCGCCAACAAGGCCGUCGAGUCGGCCGAGUCCGCCCUUGCCAGCAUGGCGCGGCGCAAGCUCGCGGACCGCCCGGCCCUUGCCGCGACUCUGGACGAGGACCGCAUGGACGGCGGCAUCUCGGAACCGACCGGCUGCAGGCCGAGCUCCGGGCGGCUGAAGAGGACGUGA